UGAGAGAGGGAGGCCUUUUAUAAAGCCAAGUCCUGCCACUUUGGGAAGAAUUUGCGGGCAUUGAGAUUGGGCUUUGGUUCUGAAACGGGAGCCUGAUGAGCCAAUGACUGUCCCAUAAUUCUUCCCAGUGGUGUACUGUCUCGUAGGACGCAGGCAGAUGAAGUAAAUCUUGCAGAAUUACAGUCCCAAAUGUGUCCUGUGAGCAUGUGUAUGACAACAAAGAAGACAUGUGGACCAAAGACUGAGGCUCCAGGCUCCUAAAUCCUCUCUGCACCAGUCAAUUAGAUUGAAGUCCACCCUGAAAAGAUGACAUCUGCUACGCCUCCCUCCUCUCGUAGCUCCUCCCCUCAUAAAGUGUGCCAUUCUCAGACGCAGACAGAUGUUUUAAAACCCUUACUGGGUGGCGGCACGUGUGGUGUGGCCUUAAGGAAAAGGAGGCGUGUCCUAUCCAAAGAUGGCCGCAGCAAUGUACGCAUCGAGCAUGUUACUGGAAGGAGUGCUCUCUACAUGCGUGACCUUUGGACAACAUUUCUGGAAAUGCAGUGGCGCUACAAGUUCUUCCUGUUUACUGCCACAUUUGCGGGGACCUGGUUCCUGUUUGGGGUGCUGUGGUACCUGGUGGCUCUGGUGCACGGAGACCUGCUGGAGUUUGACCCUCCAUCGAACCACACACCCUGUGUGAUGCAGAUGCAAAGCCUGACAGGAGCUUUCCUCUUCUCUUUGGAGACUCAGACCACCAUUGGUUAUGGUUUUCGCUGCAUCACUGAAGAAUGUCCAGCUGCCAUAAUCCUCCUCAUAGUCCAGUUGGUCAUCACCAUGCUCAUGGAAAUUUUCAUCACUGGUACUUUUCUGGCCAAGCUCGCACGCCCGAAGAAGCGAGGCGAGACGGUGAAGUUUAGUCAACAUGCCGUGGUGUCGACCCAUGAGGGCCAACCAUGCUUGAUGAUCAGGGUGGCCAACAUGCGCAAGAGUCUUCUGCUCGGGUGUCAGGUGACUGGAAAACUGCUACAGACAUCUCUGACAAAGGAAGGAGAGACGGUUCGUCUGGAUCAGAGAAAUGUACCCUUUCAGGUGGACACUUCCAGUGACAGUCCCUUCCUCAUCCUGCCCCUUACCUUUUAUCAUAUCAUUGAUGAAAACAGCCCUCUGCAAGCCUGGGCAGCCAAAGGUGGUGGCUGGACAGACCCAGAACAGGCUGACUUUGAGUUGCUGGUGAUCAUGAGCGCUACAGUGGAGCCAACAUCCGCCACCUGCCAGGUUCGCACCUCCUACCUGUCAGACGAGAUCCUGUGGGGCUACGAAUUUCCCCCUGUAGUCUCCCUCUCCCCGUCCGGCAAAUAUGUCGCAAACUUCGCCUUCUUCGACAAAGUGGCCAAGACCAAGACCACCCCCCUCUUCAAACCAUCCAGCUCUGAGCACAGGUACCAGAGCAAUGGAGGUGGGCCUGUGGCUGAAGUGUUGGACCCGGAGAAGAUUCGUCUGGAGCAGAGCUACAGGGACCAGCGAGGCGAAGACCGUGGCCGGGUCAGGGACGCUCCUCUUAGUGUUCGGAUCAGCAAUGUCUGAACAAGUGAACUGGUUAAGAAGGGAGAAUUUCAUAGAAAGCUACACAAAAGAUUGCCAAGUCAGUAGAAAAUCAUUGAAACAUAUCAAAACAGACUGGAAGACUUUCUGUUUAGACUGUAAUGAACUUUAAUCAUGAGGAUUUAAGGAAAAGAACCGUGGAAAACUGGGUAUUGUACGCUUUUAUGGGAUAAUACAUGCUUUACACUGGUUUGACUGUAUUCGUAUGGUAAUGACAGACAGUCCAACUGCCUCAGCUACUGUAUUUACGUCUGUAUAAACUUCUGUUUUAAGUGGAAAAACAACAUGUAAGGUAAUUUAUUCACUGAAACGCAGACACACACAUGAUAAAUCAAGCAGAUGAGACAGAGGAAAUCUUGAGGGGCUUUUUUGCGGUACUUUUCAGUCUACUAAAUAUAAAAUUAUACUGAGAAAAGUAAGUGUGGGAUAGUCUGAGUUCAUAUUUUCCAAAAUUUCAUGGGUAGGGGAGUACACAAUGCUUAGGGGAGAUGAGGUGAGCAGAAAACACCCACUUAUUUCACCCACACAAAACAACAGAAGAAACUUUUAAUUUGUUUUUUCUUUUUUUUUAAACUAAUGUAAGAUUCAGAGCCAUUGUUAAUAACCCAGUAGGGAAAUAGUUUAAUACACACAUGUAUGAACAGUUUUUCAAGCAGGUAGGUAUUUUUAAAUAGAACACAACUUUGAGUUUCAUCUUCCUUUAUGGUGAAAACACCAGUGAGCAAAGCUGCAGCAGUUUAACUUUAACUCAGAAAUGUCACCCCCAACUUCCUCUUACAUGGUAUUUCCUAUUGAAACACUGAAAUGAAGCACAUUAGGAAAUUCUGUUGAUAAUGUAGCACCACAAGUGGAAUGUAGAACAAAACUUAUGUUUUAACAAUUUCCUUAAGAUGUUUCUUUUCAUGUUGUUUUAUUUCCAGUGACAUAUGAUGUACGCUGAUUAUGGCUGUUUCUAAGUUUUAGCACUUUAUGAAUGUAUGCGGUGUAUGUUUGCACCUUCAGGAGCUUAGCUGAUUAUAUGUGAAACUUUACCUGAGUAGCAUAAUGUUUUAAUACCACUGUAACAUAAUAAAAUCACUGAGUUUGAAGCAUUUCAGGUAAACUUCAAAGCAGAUGAUUGUAAUAGCUGGUUUAAGUGUCUCAAUGGAUUUGAAUGAAUUGACAAACUUUUUCUUGUAGAUAAUCACUAGCAUUUGUUGCACAUGCAUAGAUGUUAUUGCCUAUCUGGUAGCUGCAGAUUGUUCUUUAAACACUGAAGAAACUCUUGCCUCUGGGUGACAGAGGCGCAGCUAUUAACACUGUCAGAUUACCAACAGAAGACAUUUAUUAAAAGCGUGUUUUCUUUUUCUGUCCAGAAAUGUCACAAACAUGGAGUUGACAAAACAGAAGUGCUGAGAUAUGAGAGGGUGAAGGUUAGAGCACGAUGGUGUGAAACGACAGAUGAAGCAAGCUGUUAGUGGAGUGAUAUAAAAUGGAGUGUAAUAUUUUCUUAAUUAAUAUAAAAUCCUGGCAUCUGUGUUUCUGUGUACAAAGUCCAGAUGGAAAGGUCAAAUGAGGUGAUUCUUUUAAAACUGACUCAAUAACACUGUUUAUUAAAGAUAA